AUGUGCGGCAAUAACAUGUCAGCGCCAUUAUCUGCGUCCAUUGUGCCUGCCGCCCGCAAAGCCACUGCAGCGGUGAUUUUCCUGCAUGGCCUUGGUGAUUCCGGGCAUGGCUGGGCUGAGUCUUUUGAAGGCUUGAGGAUACAGCAUGUGAAAUAUAUCUGCCCGCAUGCUCCUGCGAUGCCUGUGACCCUGAAUAUGAGAAUGGUGAUGCCAUCUUGGUUUGAUAUCUAUGGAUUAGAUUUCAGCAGUAGCGAAGACGAGGCUGGGAUUAAAAGAGCCUCAGAGACCAUUAAGGCCUUGAUAGAGCAAGAGGUUAAGAAUGGGAUACCGUCUCACAGGAUUCUCCUUGGUGGAUUUUCGCAGGGGGGAGCUUUGUCCCUUUACACAGCGCUGACGACUCAGCAGAAACUUGCUGGAGUAGUGGCUCUGAGCUGCUGGCUGCCUCUGCACAACACUUUCCCUCAGGCCUCUGCCAAUAGUGCUAACAAGGACAUGCCCGUGCUGCAGUGCCACGGCAAUGCUGACCCCAUCGUUAAUUACUCAUUUGGGAAAAUGACGGAGGGAAGGAUGAAAACCCUCGUCAACCCAGACAACUACACCUUUAACACCUAUCAGGGUCUCGCUCACAGCUCCAGUCCAAAAGAAAUGGAUGACAUAAAGCACUUCAUAUUGAAAACGCUACCUCCCGAUGGUAACGAAUGA